GUGGAGACCGGGUGAAGGUCCAGACGGCUGGGUCUGUCCAGAACCGCCUGGACACCCGUGCACAGCGCGGGAGAGACCCGCCAGCGGAGUCCCCAUUCCCUCCUCUAAACUCUUCAGCAGCCAGAUUUGGGAAUCCCAGCCAACGCGGGAGCCACACCGCAUCCCCCACCCGGGAAGAACGGGAGAUCUGUCUAGAGGGUGGAGGAAGGAAAUCAGACCAGAGAGACAGAGCAGGAAGGAAGCAGACCCUGCCAUCAAUGUCAGAGCUGAACUCAGGCUGGCCCCAUGGAGGGGACAGACCCAUCCCCAGGGAGCUGGGCCCACCAGCCAACUCAGACAGUGACUCAGGCCACCAGCCGGAGGAGGACCCAGAGGACACCUCUGCUCAGGAUCCUGCAGUUUUGAGCUUGGGGCCCCCUCAUGUAGACAACAACUGGCCUGGGCUUCGGACCCUCCUGCAGCAGCUUCCUCCCCAGGACAGCGAUGAGCACUACUACCUGGCCCUUGGGGAAGAGGAGCUCACCGGGCUGCGGCUUUUCAGUGCCCAGCAGAGGCAGGAGGCUCUGGGACAGGGUGUGGCUUGCCUGGUGCCUCCCAAGCUUAAAGGACACACGUGUGAGAAGUGCAAGGAACUGCUGAGGCCCGGGGAGUACGCAGUGUUCGCAGCCCUGGCUGGGGAGCGGCGCGGCUGGCACCGGUCUUGCUUUGCCUGCCAGGCCUGUGACCAGGACCUGAUAAACCUCAUCUACUUCUACCACGACGGGCGUCUCUACUGCGGCUGUCAUCACGCCGAGCUGCUGCGGCCGCGCUGCCCGGCUUGCGACCAGCUGAUCUUCUCCCAGCGCUGCACCGAGGCGGAGGGGCGGCGUUGGCACGAGAACCACUUCUGCUGCCAGGACUGCAACGGGCCCUUGGGUGGGGGAAGUUAUGCCCUGCCUGGGGGCGGUCCCUGCUGCCCCCGCUGCUUCGAGAGCCGCUACUCGGAUGAGGGCUCCAGCCCGGGCCCGGCCCUGGAAGAAAGGGCGCCCCUAGGGGAGGCGGGUCCCGACCAGGUUGAAGGAAGGGACCGCGUCUCGCUGAACGCCGUGACCGUCUUCCGAGCAGCUCUUCUUCCUGCUAUUGCCGGCUCCAGCCCGAACACCCAGAGGGGUUGGCUUGGACCCAGCCCCGAGCAGGAGUGCCGAGCUGGGGACGUGACGGAGGCACCCACAGAGUGGGCGCACGGUCGCCUGGAGACUCCCCCAGAUCCCAAGGAGGACGUCCUUUGCCCCACCUGCUCCUCCUCCUCUGACUCGGAACCGGAGGGCUUUUUCUUAGGACAGCGCCUUCCUCAGCCCGGGGAGAUUGCGGUCAGCUUCCAAGCUGGGAACAGCGACACCUUCGGGAAGUCAUGCAUCGUUUGCUAGUGGCGCAGCCCAGCGGUGGGAGAUUUGUAAGGCGGGAAAACGAGGUUCUCCUUCCCCUAUAAAGAUCUUAGACUGAACGCAAUUAGAGUCGAGAUGAUAAAUUUGGGACGCUCUCCCUGAAUUCAACCCAACUCGUACUAUGACUUUUGCUGGAGACUUUCUCGGGAACCCCAUUCUCCAAUGCUUCGU